UUGGUUUUGAGUGCUAUUUUGCAAAAAUGCUAAAUGGUUGAUUAGUUGAAAUGGAGGAAGACACAGUGCAUGACCAUCUUUCCUUUCCUGUAAACAACAGCUUUCAUCAUUCAGUUUCCUCUACCACUUCACCAGGAGGGGCAGAGCAUUUUGAGUCGGAGUAUCCUCACUCAGAGGCAAUUUGCUUCUUGUCGUAGAGCCCCUAGGGGAUUUUGGACCGGCGUGGACGACUUCUCCCUCAUAUUGGGGUCGGUUUCUUCCACCUGCAUCACUGCACGGCAUGGAUCCAGAGAUGAGCGAUCAGGAGGUGACUUAUUCAGCUUUGAGAUUUCCUCAGUCUUCUUCAGAAUCGCAGAAUAGACUAAGACCUGAUGGCACUCGAAGGAGUGGAAAAACUGAUGAUAAAGAGUUCUCAGUGCCCAGGCAUCUCCUUGCAGUGACUCUUGGAAUCCUCUGUUUACUUCUCUCAGUGGCGGUCGCAGUGUUGGUGACAAAGAUUUUACAGCUUAUUCAAGAAAAGCAUCAACAGCAGGAAAUUCUAGGAAACCUCACUCAAAUGUACCACGUCGUGCAAAAUGAUGACUACUUAAAGAAGCAACUCUUGGCAAAUCAGUCUUUAGAAUAUGACACUCUCAAAAAUAAAACCCUUCUAAUGGAAAAUGCACUGAAGUUACCCUUUUUAAAACAGAAUGGACGCUGUGCAAAAAAGGAUACCUUCCCGAAAUCUGUGCACAAUCCAGGUAAAGUCCAUGAAGUCUACUGGUCCUGUUAUGGAGUAAACUGCUAUUAUUUUGUUCUGCAAGAUAACACCUGGGAACAAUGUAAACAAACUUGCCAAAGUUACGGUUCCUCCCUUUUGAAGAUUGACAAUGAACAUGAACUGGCAUUUGUUCAAUUUCAGAUUCCUGAAAAUAUGUAUUGGAUUGGAUUGUCAUAUAGUGAUGUGGAAUGCAAAUGGAAAUGGCUUGAUGAUGCCACAUCACCUGGAAUGAAUUUGAAAAUGAUGAGUUCACCUCCUAGGAAAGAAAAAUGUGUAUUUUUGGCCACAACAAGAUUAGCAUAUGGCGAUUGCUCUAGAACCUACAGUUGUAUCUGUAAAAAGAGAAUUAAUUGUAAUUUCCCUUCUUCAAUGUGCACUUAGAAGAACAGGGCUCAGUGCAGUGUGGACACAGGAGCUGGAAGAGGAAGCACAUCUUCUCCUGAGCCCUGAUCAGGAUGCCAGGCGCCAUCUUCUUCCUGUGGGGAGUGGGAGAUUCAUCUUUGGAGCAGCUGUUCCUCUAUUGUGGUUCUCAGGCAUCACUCUUCCCGCUUCCCUGAACAACCCGGGACCUGUUAGAGCAUCCUAAUGCGUGGCCUCGAUCUUUCCUUAUCAAUAGGAUAAAACAUGUCAAUGUUAUCAGACCGUGGAAGUACAAUUAAGAACUAGGAUAUAGUUAUAUUUUUACUAUGUAGAAGCAUACCUCGUCUUUAAAACUAUUUUGUUAUAGAAUUUAAAUUCAAAUUUACUGAAUAGUUGAAAGAAUACUACAAGACAGACCCAUGCAACUUUUACCCACAGUUAUCAGUUAUUUGUAUUUUGCUGUGUUUUCCUGUUUCUCUUUCACAUUUUUCUCAUUGUCGAUCCAUCUGAAAAUAAAUUGAAGAUAUGCCCUGGUUUCUGAAUAUUUUUGAAGAAAAGGACUUUGUCUAAUAUAACCAUGCUGCAAUUAUGAAAAUCAGGAAAUUUAGCAAUGAUACAGCAUAAUGAUUUAAUCUAUAAACCACAUUCCAAUUUGUCCAUUGUCCUAAUAUUGUCAUUUAUGGGUAUUUUUCUCCAUGUUCACAAUAAUACAAUGCAUUUAAUCAUCAUAUCGAUGACAUGUCCUUUAAUCUGGAAUAAGUGUUUAAAUUUUCUUUGUCUUUUGACCUUGAAAUGAAAAAAACUCAACCUUAUUGAGUUAGACUAUCCAUACAAUAGAAUGUCCCCAUUUUAAGUCAUGAGGGAUAUAGGUUUUAAUCUGGUUACCUCUCACACGCUAGCAAAUCAAAAUCUAGAACAUCUGCAUCAGCUCCAGAACUUCCAUUCUGCCUCACUCCAGCCACCUGGCCCCUGUCCACCAGCGAUGCUCUUCUGUUACUAUCAGUUUGUUUAGCUUAUUCUAGAACUACAUGCAUCCUGUGCAUUUUUUUUUUCCUGCCUGCUUUUGGAUCAGCAUGUGCUUAAAAUUAAUCAGUGGUUUUUCAUGGAUCAGCAGUUCCCUCUCUUUGUUAUUUAGUAUUCUAUUGUUCAGCUAGAGCACAUCUGUUCACUCAGUUAUGGACAGUUGAUACGUUUCUCAUUUUUGGCUACUGUGAAUAAAGCUGCCAUGAAAUUUA